AUGCUACUCCCUCGCUCUCCCAGUAAGCUCCAGGCAACCAAGAGUGCACCACGCGCAGCGCUGCUGUGCCUCGUCAUUUCCAUCGCGCUCUCCGCGCCGUGCGCCGUGCGCGGCGCGCAGGGUCCGGCGGCGACGUCGAUAGCGGCGGCGCUGGCGAGCGCGUCGUCGUCGUCGCCGUCGCAGUCGUUCAACGUGUCGCUGCUCGUCCUCAACGCCACCGGCCUGCUCGCCAAGCUGCCCGCGCUCGCGCCGCUCACUCUCUUCGCGCCCACCGACGCCGCGUGGCGCGCCGCAUUCCGCGCCCUCGCGCUGCCGUAUCUAAGCGGCUACAUUCCCUUCCCCGGUGCCGCCGUCGGCGGCGAGACACCCGGAAGCCCGGGCAGUCCGGGGAGCAGCUCGGGCGGCACGGGCGGGUCGGACGCCGCCAAUUCCAGUAGCCCCGCGCAGCCGACCCCAGCGCCCGGCGUUGUCCCCGCGGCGGGAGGCGUUAGCGGCGGGGUGAGCGCGGCGAUGGUUCCCGGCCUUCCGCAAGUUGACUUGCCGCUGCCCGGCGUUCCCGACCUGCCCAUGCCCGGGAUUCCCGGCGGGUCGGACGGAUUGAAUUCGACGAUACCUGUGGAUAACAUAACAAUUCCCAUGCCCGAUGUCAACAUGACCAUGCCCAACAUGACCAUGCCGAACAUGACCAUGCCCGACUUCAACUGGACCUUUCCCAAUUUAACAGAUUACAACCCGCUGAUUUUCGACCCGCUUCUCGCCGCACUGAGCGCCGUGUUUUCCGGCGACGGGACGCCCGCGUCGCUGGCGGCGCUGGCGAAGGAGCGGCCCGAGACGCUGAAGGCUCUGUCGGAGCUGCUCGCGUACCACGUGGCGACGGCGGCGCUGAACGCGGCGGCCAUCGCGGCGCGGUUCACGGCGGAGGCGGGCAACCUGACGACGGUGAACGGGCAGGGGCUGUGGAUCAACUACAACAAGAGCGAGUCCGCCGCGCUGCUCAACGCGUACUCGCCCGCGCAGCGCGCGCUCAUCAGCGAGGGGAUCAGCGUCGGGUACGACGGCACCAUCUACUACCCCAACGGCACCACCGUCGCCGCCAACGGCACGGUCAUCUUCGACCCUGCGACGAGCCCAAUAAGCGUGGACUCGGAGGGCAACAGCUACUACGCCAACGGUACUGUGAUCAGCGCCAACGGCACUGUGGUGAGCACCAACGGCAGCGCCAUUGCCAUCGACGGGCCGGGCGUCCCCCUGCCCCCCACCGUCUCGUCGCCCCCCUCCAGCGGCGACGGCUCGGUGGCGCCACGCGGCAUGGCUGGCGCGCAGAUGAUGAUGGAGCCGCAGCCGCAGGCGCAGCCUCAACCCAUGUUGGAGCCCGCCCCCACGAUGGGCGGCGGACCCGCUGAUAUGCCCCCCGCCACCACCAUGCCCGCCCCCGCUGAUGUGCCCCCUGCCACCGCCACUCCCGCCCCUGCCGAUAUGCCCCCCAACGUCCUGGUGGACCCGAUCCCGGGGGUCAUGGGCGGGGGGGGCAUGGGAGGCGGCUGGGGCAACUGGAGCGCGGAGGAGCAGCAGCAGUGGUGGGGGAAUGCGACUGAGUGGAUGAACAAGGCUGUGCCGGGGCUCAACGUGACUGCCACUGAAUACCUCGCGUGGCUCAACGCCUCGUCCUACACGUGGGCGGCAGGGUCUAAUAGCAUGUGGGAGCAGGCUGGCAGCGACAUGAAGGUGUCUCGGGUGGUGCGGGCUGAUCUGAUGGACAGCGCUGGCAUCGUGGUGCACGGCAUUGAUGGCGUGCUCUUCCCGCACUUCCGCGACUUGCCUGUGUUUGACAAGGGCGGCGCAGGAGGAGGAGGAGGAGCAGAGGGUGAUGUGCCUAUGCCCAUUCCCAUGCCUGUCGUGGCGCCUGGUGGCGUUGCUAACGACAGCGCGGACGGCGCCGGCACGAAUGGCACUGCCACUGGCGGGAAGCCCGACGACAGUGCUGCGGGGGGUGCUGGUGCUCCUGCUGCUGCUGGGUCUGGCAGCGGCAGCAGCAGCAGCAGUGGUGGGCAGGAUGCAUCUAAGAGUGCAGCAAGUGGCACGCCAACACCACCUGCUGGGUCACCCCCUGCGGGUAAAUCACAGAGCAAGGCUGCUGCAGUCCCCGUCCUCUUGACUGCUACGCUCUCCCUCGUGGCUUUGCUAUAG